UCGCCCAACAUGCACGAACUGUUUACGACCGUCCUCUCGAAACGGGAUCUGUCCCGCGCUGGGGAACUGUUUUCCAUCGCAGACUACGAGAUUGUUAGUGACCUAACGGAGGUGUUGCAGGAGAUUUCUUCCAUCAUCUCGCAAGAGGACUACCUGCAGAACAGCAACGACCAGUCGGUGAUCGAGAUCUGCAUCAAUCGCGUCACGUCGUGCAUCAAGAAAACGAACACGAUCGAAAAGCACUGUGCCGGUCUAGUGAAUCUGCUGCAAACCUGCCUCCGCUACAAUCUGCAACCGUCCGGCAAGGAUGUGGAUCCACCACACGCGAAAAUAUCUUCCGACAUCAUUUCGAGCAUUUUUCUGAACUACAACAAACAGAUUGUGAUGGAAGUGACACUGCCGGUGGCGGUAAAGUUUCUCAAUCUCGGCAACCAGGAACUAUCCCGCAACCUGGCCAGCUACCUUUCGUCGGCCGCCAUCGAGUACUCGUUCCUGCUGUCACCGCACGUGCACGUCAUACUCGAAUCGCUGCUCACCGGCAACUAUGGGCUGUGUCACGUGCUGUCGCAGAUCUACGAGGCCACCCCGGACCCGAUCACGGCGGCCGGGCCAAAGUUUGUGGAGAUUGUGCCGCGCUGCGAGCUCCAGGAGCAACUCGUCAUCCUGCAGCUGCUGGUGACGAUCGCGAAACAGAAACCGUCCUGCCUCACCGAAAGCAUUCCACCGUUGCUCGAGCUGGCCACACGGCCGCCGCUCUCGGCCGCGGCCCUGCUCGUUUUGCUCAAGCUGGCCGAAGCCAAACCGAUCAAACUGGCCGAGUACACCGAGGCGUUCAAGGUGAUUGCGUACAGCGUGCCGCAGACGGUUGGCUUUGCCGCCCAAAUCCUGUCCGCGAUCGGACGCUCGGGCAAGGACCGGGCCCAAGUGGCGCUCGAUUUCGUGCUGGAGCACCUUCCGCGGGCCGAUCGGCCCCUCCAGACGAUCCUGCUGAACGAGGCGACCAAACUGUGCACCAAGUAUCCGGUGCUGUUCACCGACAAGGUCACCUCGGUCGUGCGGCAGCGGCAGCUGAGCAACAGCCAAAUCAAGCACACCACAUCCGGCGGUGUGACGAUCGUCAAUCUGAACACUUCCGCCACACUGCCCACUCCGGUUCCGGCGACGAUGACACACGCCACGCAAGAGCGGCCCCUUUCUUCGUACGUCCAAGGCACCGCCGCUUCCCAUGGUUAUGGCCCCAGUGCUAAUGGAGGUGGACUGCCACUGCCUGGUAACAAUGGCUACCAUCAUCACGAGACCGGCCGUGCGAUCGUUUCGAAAACCCCGAACGUAGCGAUCACCAGCAACGGGCACGGCGCGAUAACGAAAACGGUUAUUAACACGUCCAACGGCACAACGCUCAGCUCGACGAUCCAUUCGGCGGCGCCCCAAACCAACUUCGUUACGACGCACACUGCCAAUGGUGGCGGCCCGCCAACCGCCAACGGAACGACCGUCGUCUCUCCGACGCCACAUCACACGGGGUACACCCGAAACCGGCCGAAGCUGGGUGACUCGCGAAGCACGGGCCGCCUACACUCGGGAGGGGGUGGUGGUGGUGCUAAUAAGAGCACCACGCGUCUCAACAACGCUGGCGGAUCGAUGGGAGGGCUGCACAAGUCACGGCUCGGUUCAUCCCAAUUGAUCAACCAGUUCAACGGCGCCGGUGGUGGUGGAGGGACGGGCGGUGCUGAGAUCGUUGUUGAGGGGCCAACCGCAAUGGCAGGCAGCAGCACCGUGAACCAUGCGAGUCCCUCGACGGUGGUGGAUGGAUCGAGCACGACCGUUAUGAGCAACCGGCACAACUCGAGUGGUAAUGUGGCGAUCAAGGGCGCAGGAGCAGUAGGGGCCAACAGUUUGCUGCAUAGUCUGACCACUCCGGUACCCCCACCACUGAGCCAGCACGUGACGAUCACGGGCGAAAACAAGUGGGGCAUUCCGCAGACGAAGAUCACCUCGUGCGGGGUCACGGUGAUGACGACGUCACCGACGUCCCGUGCUCCGCGCCCCUACUCGCACGGUGGCCCUUCUAGUCCACCGUCGACCCUGCUCGGUUCCACCGGAGCACUGGGGAAGAACUCGCUCGGUGGUCUCAAUCAAUCAUCCGGUUCGAUCGGCAUACAGGUGCAUCACGCAUCGCCGGCGCUGGCGGCGGCCACAACGGCGGCGACGACGACGACGAUGCUCUUCAACAAUCAUUCCCAACAAACGUCCCCGCAGCUAACGACCACUCUGUCGCUGCACUCGGGCGAUGAUCCUCAGGUGAUCGUGUGUGGUCCCGAAACCGUCACCACGCGGCCCCACGGUCCCCGGUCGGACAAUCGCAGCGUGACGAUCCUGAACGCUUCCUCGUCGUCCUCAUCCGGGGCGGCCGUAAACCCGCGGACCAGCGUGUUCGAACCGUACCCGAUGCGGGACACGAUUCAGCACUUUUGCGAGAAGCACCUGGACAAGAUCAAGGCGUACACGGAGAGUGUGGCGCAGCGGAUACCGCCACCGGCGAAGUGCAUCAUCGAGGAGCGGCGAGCGAAAAAGACGGCCAAACUGCACUUUGCGUGCCAGGUGCGCGGUCCGCACUGUCUCUACUCGCGCACCAUGUUCACGAUGCGCACGCGCAAUCCGCGCACCUGGAUCCACCUGAUGUUUCUCGAUCUGCAGGCCCGGGCACCGAAGGCCGCCCUCAGCAGCUGGGACCCGAGCGUAAGCCGACUGAAGCACUGCUGGGACACGCUCAAGUGCGAGAACCGUACGUUCAUCACGCUCGUAACGAGUGCGUUCCCGAGCUGCAAAGAACAGGAGGCGCUCGUGCACGAACUGCGCCACGCAGGAUUUUUCGACGUGUUCGAAAUGGGCCCGGUGACGACAGCGGAAAGUGGCCCUGGCGGCACACCGCGGCUUGAUUCCAUUCCUAGCGAACAGCCGGGUGCGAAGAGUGGGAAGGGAGCUGGCGCAGAGACCGCCGAAGGAAGCAGCAUCACGGAGGAGGAACUGGGCGACGUGCUGCAGUGGGGUUGCUUCCUGUGCCAUCACCCGGAGAAGGCGAUCGGGUUCCUGCACGGCAACAACCAGCCCGUCAUCGAGGGCCAGCUGAAGGAGAAGAAGGGCAAGUGGCGUCUGUUCCGGAGGUGGCGCACCCGAUACUUUACCCUGUCCGGGGCCCAUCUCUCGUGCAAAGGAUCCGUCAGUGAGGCCGGGGGCGAAAGUAUCGACGUGAAUCAAAUCCGCUCGGUGAAGGUUUCCCGUGGGGCCCGCAACAUACCGAAGGCGUUCGAGAUUUUCACCGGCGAUCAGACGCUGAUCCUGAAGCCGAAGGAUGGCAACAAGGCCGAAGAGUGGGUGCAGUGUUUGAGCAUCGUGCUGGCACACUCACAGGCACGCGAUAGUCCAACGACACGCACCAACAGUCUUCCGGCGCGCAGCAUUGGUAACAGUCGGACGGUGUUCUAGGGAAACGAUCGGGCACGAUCAGGAUCCUCGUCAAGCAAUACACAUAUCAACACAAAUGACUCCUUCCGGAGAGAGUACUUAAACGAACGAGCUUUUACUGAUGAUACACUUUGUACUUAAACGGCCAAGUUACACACGGUUUUUAGAUAUUGAUCGUUUUUUAUCUACCAUACGAAGACUACGAGAUUUCAUACGCCCCGCGAUAUAGAUUUUUAAGUGUGGACCGAAAGUAAGCAGCGAAAGCGCCACUUGUUUCCGAAACUUUACAUAAACAAUAGUUAGGCUUUCCCGGUUGCGAAAUGCGUACGCCGCUUGUUAAGGAUUAAACAGUUUCUAUUUUAAGGUAAGCGCUAGUGACGGCAACGGUUAGUGAGAAUUAUUAUGGCGGCCAAUCGGUGGCGUGCACCUUUUAUGUGCGUCCCCAAUUUUGUGCUUCGUUUUCGAUACCCCAAUAUUAAUAAUCUCUUUUUUGUGCUUGAAAAAAGAUCGACGUAUAACGUUUUCCGAUCACCACCGUCGCUCCGAAUCGAGGCGUUGCCCAGGACCAAUCCGUCGUGGAGCGUCGCCGUAACCUCUGUUCUGGAAGAUAAUUUAUUGAUUCAUCUCUCUGGGGCCUCGCCGGAGCAGAGUGUGUGGGGUGGUAGAUUGAUAAAAGACGCGUCCAUAAACUGCGAUCAU